AUGCUGACUGUGGUAGACCAGAAAUCCAAGAAAAAGAAAAGGUCCAAGAAGGGCAACGCGCAAGCCGCAUCGACAGACGCUCCCUCGACGCCGGUGGCCGACUCCAAUGAGGCCCACGACGGGCCCGACGACGAAGACGAAGAAGAAAAUGACGAGCAAGAAGCAGAGCACCGUGCUGCCUCUCCCACCCCAGAAGUGCUGACGGACGAAGGUGCUAGUACGGUAGCUGUUGCAAAUGGGAUCAAAGAUCGGUCGGUCGACGAGAGCAACGAUGCGGCUGCGCGCUUUGAUGCUCUUGUAAAGGACCGCGAUGCUCUGCGUCUUGAAGUGACCGAGCUGCGGAAGUCCUUGGAAGAGCUGCAGGCCAAGCAUGCCACCGAAAUCGAGGCGGUCCAGACAGAGCUGGCAGACACGCAGGCCGAGAAGGAAAACGCAGAAGAACAAUAUCAGUCCCUUCUGGGGAAAGUAAACACCAUACGGUCGCAGUUGGGCGAGAGAUUAAAGGCCGAUGCAGAAGAUCUCGCACAAGCGCGCACGCGAAUUGAAGAACUUGAAGAACAAAGAUCCGAACUUCAAGAACGCUACACCGCCCGCGCCGCCGAAGUUGAAGAACUCACUGCUCGAAACGCCGACCUCUCGCAAAAACAAGCCGAACAAUCCAAAGAAUUAUCCACCCUCCGCAACCGCCUGACACUUUCCCAGCAAAACUGGCUCAAGGAGAAAGAAGAACUCGUUGAAUCCGAAGCCUACAUGCGUGACGAAUUCGAGAAUGCUAAACAGGCCAUGCACGACUGGGAGGUUCUCGCCAUGGAAGAACGGACUAUGCGGAAGGACCUGGCAGACCGCAACGCCGAUUUGGAGGAACAAUUGAGUUCGCUAAAAGAAGCGUACGAGAAAGCUGCGAGUGAGAGGGACACCCACUCCGGAGCGGUCGACGGCCUGCAGAACGCCCUCCAGGAGAUCCAAACGGUGCGAAAACAGGAGCUGAAAGAACUGGUCGAAACUUCCCAGAAGGAACAGGAAGCACUGAGGAAACAGUUGUCUGAUCUCCAAUCGAUCCAUGACUCGACCGUCGCGCAACUGGAAGAGACCAAGAAAGAACUCGAGCGAGCCCUUCCCUUCGAAAAGGAAGUCAAGGAGAAGAACCUCCUGAUCGGCAAACUGAGGCACGAAGCGGUGAUUCUCAACGAUCAUCUUACCAAAGCGCUGAGGUUUCUCAAGAAGGGCAAGCCCGAGGAUAAUGUGGACAGACAGAUAGUGACAAACCACCUCCUGCACUUCCUGGCGCUCGACCGCUCGGAUCCCAAGAAAUUCCAGAUCCUCCAGCUCAUCGCCGCCUUGCUGGGCUGGACGGACGAGCAGCGCGAACAGGCCGGCCUGGCCAGGCCCGGCACCACCGCCACUGCACCACCUAGCUCGAGCUUCAAUUCUCUGCGCGGGUUAGGCUCCCUGGCAGCGCCGGCGCCUGGGUCGCCGAUCAUGCACAGGACGCCGAGCACGCCCGCGCUCAACCACCCCGACUACUUCGGCGCAGCCGGGCCCGACAGCGCGACCAGUCCGCACUCGCGGGAGACCCUGGCGGAACUGUGGCAGCAUUUCUUGGAACAAGAGGCUGCGACGGGGAGUGCGGCCAAGUCGUCGAGGCAGGGCAGUCAGAGUCAGAGCCGUCCCGGUACGACUACAGGCAAGGGCACGGGUAUAGGUCCGAGCACAGGUCAAGGAGUCCCUGCGCUGCCGAGAUGA